AUGGCUUCCCCAGAGAAUCAUAUUGGUCAUGAGCAACAGGAUCAGCACGGACAACGAGAUCAGCACAUGAACAGCAGAGAAUAUGCUGUGUCCCAAGAUGCUCAGGAUCCUCUUCGUCAGAUCAGAGAUGAAUUCCUCAUUCCUUCUACGGCUGAUUUGCAAGCCGGGACUUUGUCAAGUUUAGAGUCUCGAACUUCCUCUCCUGGCGAUACCUGUGUUUACCUUUGUGGAAACUCACUUGGCCUACAGCCGCGUACUACCUCCACUCGUAUAGAACAAUAUCUCAAGACUUGGGCAACUCAAGGUGUAUUUGGCCAUUUCAAACCCCUUUCUGAUUCGCCUUUGCCAACAUGGCUACAUGUAGAUUCAAGUGCUUCGGAGAACAUUGCUCCUAUUGUUGGUGCGGAACCUUCGGAGGUUAAUGUAAUGCAGACUUUGACUGCCAAUUUACACCUUCUCAUGUCCGCAUUCUACAACCCUGAUAUCAAUGGCAGGCACAAAAUCAUAUUGGAAAGCAAGGCAUUUCCAUCAGAUCACUACGCCGUAGAGUCGCAGAUCCGGCAUCACAACCUCUCACCUGCUACGUCGAUGAUUACCCUGGAGUCGCGUUCAAUUACCGAACCCACACUCUCCACAGAUUACAUACUCAAAGCCAUUGAAACCCAUGCUAAAGAUACAGCGAUUUUGAUACUCCCAGGUGUUCAGUUCUAUACAGGCCAGUUAUUUGACAUACCCCUCAUCACACGCCGGGCUCGAGAUCUCGGCAUAUUUGUCAUUUGGGAUCUCGCUCAUGCAGUCGGAAACGUUCCACUUUACCUUCAUGAUUGGGACGUCGAUGCAGCUGCCUGGUGCACUUACAAAUAUUUAAACUCAGGACCGGGUUGCAUUGGUGGAAUGUUCAUUCAUGAAAGGAACACUCAAGUAUCUGCUUCGUCACAGAACACAGAUGCGGGGGCAGGUUUUGUAAAUAGAUUAAGUGGCUGGUGGGGCAAUGACAAGAAUACGAGAUUCGCCAUGGAGAAUCGAUUCGUGCCGAUAGCGGGUGCUGCGGGAUUUCAAUUGAGUAAUCCAAGUGUGCUGGACAUCACGAGUCUAAAUGCAUCUCUGGAGAUAUUCAAGCUUGCCGGUGGAAUGGAAAUGUUGAGGGCGAAAUCUGUGGAGCUGACUGCCUAUUUGGAGGAUUUGCUUUUAGAUACAGCGAUCUUCGAAAAGAGCAGGUUCUCGAUCAUUACACCUCGGGACAGAGAGCAGAGGGGUGCUCAGCUGAGUCUCCAACUUGCUGAUGGAUUAUUGAAUGUGGUCAUGAAAGAACUGGAGUUGAGGGGAGUGGUCGUAGAUGAAAGACAACCAAAUGUGAUAAGAGUGGCGCCGGCUCCUCUAUACAACAGCUUCGAGGAUGUAUGGAAGUUUGUGGAGGCAUUCAAAGAAGCAAUGGAUAUAGCUUGGAAGGCAAAGCUUGGAGAAGUAUCUGCUGAGGGCACACGGGAAUUAGAAUUGACCACCUGA